AACCUGACAGAUCCUAUGUUCCGUGGGGUUUACGGAGGCUCACAAAAACAUCAAGAUGAUUUACAAAUCGUAUUGGAUAGAUCUUGGAAGCAGGGCUUGCAAAAGAUGAUCAUCACUGUGGGUACAUUAAAUGAGGCAGACGAGGCAUUGGAAAUGGCGCACAAAGAUGAUAGACUCUUUGUAUCCAUGGGUUGUCAUCCCACACGUUGUGGUGAAUUUCUACCCAACCCCGAAGAAUAUUAUCAAGGACUGCGAAAUAAAAUUGCCAACAAUCUGAAUAAAGUUAUUGCCAUUGGUGAAUGUGGUCUGGACUAUGAUCGCCUGCAUUUCUGUGAAAAAGAUACACAAAAAGUGUAUUUCGAAAAGCAACUAUCUUUGGCAGAAGAAUUCAAAUUACCACUCUUUCUACAUUGUCGUAAUUCUCAUGAAGAUUUUAUAGAAAUCUUAAAAUGCAAUAAAGAUAAAUUAGAUGUGUGUGGUGGUGGUGUUGUGCAUAGCUUUACGGGGACAUUGGAAGAGGCACAAAGUGUUAUCGAUUUUCAUCCAAAUUUAUAUAUUGGCAUUAAUGGUUGUUCCCUGAAGACGGAGGAAAAUUUGCAAGUCAUUAAACAGCUGCCCAACGAUCGUAUUAUGUUGGAAACCGAUUGCCCAUGGUGUGGCAUCCGGCCAUCUCACGCUGGACAAAAAUAUGUGCAAACGAAAUUUCCAACCGUCAAGAAGAAGGAGAAAUGGACGGCUGAAUCAUUGAUUGAUGGUCGAUGUGAACCGUGUCAAAUAAGCCAAGUUUUGGAAGUUAUUGCUGGUGUUAAAAACGAACCUGUUGACAAAUUAGCCGAUAUUUAUUAUGAAAAUACAAUUAAAUUGUUUUUCUCAAAGGAAAAAUAA